AUGUCUGCCGCUCGCCUAACCCACGUCGCCAAGGAGCUCUCGGGCUACGCUCCGUGGGGCGCGCCUGCCGUGCUCUUUGCUGGCUGGAUGGCCUGGCCUGCGCUCUCGCCCACGUUCAAACAGGAGACGCUGGGCCUCCGUCCCCCGCAGCUCCCGUCCGUCAAGUCCAAGCAGGAACUGAUGCGCUCGUCUGCCAAGUACAAGUACGUCAAGACCGAGAUCGGGGAAGCCCCGACGCUGGAGGAGGACGAGUAA